GGGGGCCAGUUAAGGUAUAAACCGAUAUUGCCCCAGUGACUGUUAUAAAAAAAUCACUGUUCUAAUUUCGAUCGGCGCGUGAUCACCAGUUUUUGUGAUCAUCAGCAAAAAUCAGGAAUUCGACUUCGAGAUGCUGAAGCGCGAUCUGCAGAAAAUCACACUCAAGCUGUCCGAUCUCAAGGACUACGAGGCUGCCCGCCAGAAGAACAAGCUAAAGGGCGCCCCGCGGCCCAGGCUUUCUCAGGAUGCCCUCACCGGAGACGACGCCUCCACUUCGGGAACAACGGCAAGUUGCAGUUCCAACACGGAAACCGCCACGGAAACCGCAUCGGGAUCCGGAUCAGGGUCUGGAUCGGGCUCGGGUUCUGGGUCCGGAUCGUACAUUACGGGAAUGGGCUACCGUUCGGAGACACCCUCCUCCGCAUCGUACACCACGUCGACGACCCCGACUGCGGCCACUCAGGAGGAGAUACUGAGACCCUCGUCCGCCGUCACGGCCACCACAACCACUGGGACCACUAAUUCCGGCUCCACGGAUGACGUGAGCGUGGCGGCCGUAGUGGAUGACACGGAUACCAUUGACGAAAUCAGCGAUGACAACUGGGUAGACCUGAAUGCGGACACCAACGAUACCGUUGAUACCCAGCCGGAGGAGCAGGACCAACUGCAAGAGGUGGAGGAGGAGGAUGGGGCUAGGGGUGGAGUCUAAUCCUGACCGCUUAUCGCGUUAUGAAAACAUUGCGCAGCUGCACUCGAAGCCCCCCAUUUCACAUUCCAUUUAUCAUUACAUUUUGUAUACGUAACCAAGUAUAGUAACCCAUUGCAUGCUCCACUUA